AUGGGCAACUCGCUGGGUUGCUUGGCCUCCGGCGAGCGGCUCGUCUCGGCGGCGCGCGACGGGGACGCCGUCGAGGCGCGAAUGCUGCUGGAGUUCAGCCCCGCGCUCGCGCGCUACUCCACCUUCGGCGGCCUCAACACCCCGCUCCACUUCGCCGCCGCCAAGGGCCAUCUCGACAUUGUCACGAUGCUGCUGGAGAAAGGCGCUGACGUGAACGCGCGCAACUACUGCGGCCAGACUGCGUUGAUGCAUGCGUGUCGGCAUGGGCACUGGGAGGUGGUUCAGAUGCUUCUUCUCUUCAGAUGCAAUGUUACCAGGGCAGAUUACUUGAGUGGUCGAACGGCACUGCAUUUUGCUGCACAUGAUGGAUUUGUUCGGUGUAUUAGGCUUUUAGUUGCAGACUUUGUCCCAAGUGUGGCCUUGGAGGAUAUUGCCUCUUCCGUGGUGGAUGGUGGUGAUUGUCAGACGAACAGUGGGAGCAGUGCUAAUUCCUCAUUGGGGCAGAAUUUUAAUGAAUCUGCCCGUGCGAGGUACAUCAACAAGCCUGCUGAUGGUGGCGUUACAGCACUUCACAUGGCAGCAUUAAACGGUCACUUAGAUUGCAUGCAGUUGUUGAUUGACUUGGGUGCUAAUGUUUCAGCUGUCACAUUUCCCUAUGGCACUACCACAAAUUUGAUAGGAGCUGGCAGUACACCGUUGCAUUAUGCAGCAGGCGGGGGGAAACAAGAAUGCUGUGAGCUACUAAUAUCAAAAGGUGCUAGCAGGUUGACACUCAAUUGCAAUGGGUGGCUUCCCGUUGAUGUUGCUAGAAUAUUUGGACGGCGCUCUUUGGAGCCAUUACUUUCUCCGAAUUCCCACUCGAAUGUCCCUGUAUUUCAACCGUCAAGUUAUCUUGCCUUGCCGCUCAUGAGCAUACUUAAUAUAGCCAGAGAAUUUGGGUUGCAGCAUACCUUACCGACAGUUGAUGAUAAUGAUCUCUGUUCAGUUUGUCUAGAAAGGUCUUGUUCUGUUGCUGCUGAAGGUUGCACUCAUGAGUUCUGCAUCAAAUGUGCUCUCUACCUCUGCUCAAUGAGCAACAUCCGUGUUGAGUUCACAGGCCCACCUGGGUCCAUCCCGUGCCCUCUUUGUCGGAAUGGCAUAAUGUUAUUCGUUAAGCUACCAAGCACACCAACAGAAGGGCUUAAAUCAAGUUCAGCACUCACAUUCUGCAACCCAUGCAUACUGAACACCCGAUCUAUGGACUCGCCAGCCACUGUCUCCAAAGCAGAAAUCAGACGCAACCGUGUGGCAGCUGUCUCUUCAGAGCUAGUCUGUCCAAUCACUUGCAGCCCAUUCCCGUCGUCCGCCCUCCCAACCUGCAGGUGCAGCGACGAUGAUCCAUGCGGUGCUACAGAUGCACAGGAUGGUUCCGAGGUCCAAUCUCCCCGACCCUCGCACUGCGUAAGUAUGGAGCUGGACAAGAGAGGGGAGGAGGAUCUAGACCGGACCAGCUGCUCAGGCAUGUUCUGGAGUCGAAGAAGCUGCCACAGGGAGCAACAGUGUGAUGCAGAGAUCAACGCUUGA